UCUUAAAGUGUGUUGUGUGCUGCGUUCGUCAUAUUGUUGCACACCACACACUACAGGAACAAAACUGUUACCUCUGUCACCAUUUGUCAUCUAUGUAUGAGGACUCUGACAUGCAAAUCAGGUAAGAUAUUAAACAAUCUUUCAGUUUGAGGUAGGAAAUCUCCUGCUCUCCGGGUGUCAUGAGGGUUUCUCUGCUAUCUCCUGUGGUCUGUUAAAGGUGGGGUAGGCAGGAAUUUGUUAAAGAGGCAUCUUUUUUUUUUGUGGUGUAUAUACAAAAAAUCUUUUAAUAUCAGUCAAUAGCUUUUAGUCAUUGGUGACAUUUGGUAAUAUAACGAUAUCGCUGUGCUUUGUUAUGUCUGUGUAGUCAACAUUUUAAAAUUUCGGAGCGCUCCACUUUUUCUGACUGUAAACAAAGCCGUUCUCCACCUCCCCCAUCCUGAUCGGUUGUGAGGCGGACGCUGCUCCUUAGUGCUGAUUGGUUUUGAGGCAGACGCUCCUCCCCUGUGUCGUUCAGGAGCCCAAACAAAGUUAGCGUGCUACAAUAUCAGACAGUAGAAACCAACCAGAAAGUUCGGAAUAUAGUCUGAUUCCUUCUUUGGUCAUGGCUGCCAACACAAGCGAGAAAACAAACUAAAUACCGGAGACUCUGGCGGAAUAACGGGCGCUUAAAACGGAGGUAGACCACCCGGACAAGAGCUAAGAAGCCGGGUCAACAAUGAUGGGGGACGCUUUGGGAUCUUACAGACCCUGUAACCUUUCUGCUGGACAGGUAAACUGCUUUAACAAAGUAAGCCAAGUGUCUGUAACAGAAGUGUUUCUUGUCAAAUGGGACCUGCUGCGUGUUGUUAGCCUGGCUGGGCCAUCCUGUUGCGUGAAUCACUUGCCGUUCCUUCCCACAACAGUCUGGACUUCGGCCCAUUGGGAGCGUGUAUUCCCGAUCAGAAAAUAACCGGGCCAAUCAGAGACCGUGUUUCCACUGGGAAUACACGCUCCCGAUGGGCCGAAGUCCAGACUGUUGUGGGAAGGAACAGCAAGUGAUUCACGCAACAGGAUGGCCCACAACAGGCUAGCGUGUUGUAGCUCUGCUAAACUGUUUACCUCGGGUCCUGGACUGUCACUUUAUCCUAGUUGUAAAAGUUUUACAAACAUUUUGUUUGCUGGUAGUCUGUUGGCAUCUACAGUUGCACCAAUGCUGUUUACGUUCACAUUGACUGGGCUCCAUUUGUAACUAUCUGGAAUGAACACUUUCAGAAUCACUUGUAAUUCAGUAUGGUUGUAGUUUUGUCUUUUAAAAGCCCACAGACCUGGAACAUUCCUCUUGGAUAAACACUGCUACUCCUGAAUGUGGUGUUAGUAACGGUUUGAGAUUGAGCUAAAUUAAGUAGAUGUAGUUAAUUUCUGGCCAAUUUCUUAAUGGAAGGGCUGAGCUGGUCAGGCUCCCCUGUGGUUAAAACACUGACUAUUGGACCUCAUUCAAAAAAAAAAAAAGAGCGAUUCUUUUGAGCCCCAUUUACCCAGAGAAGUCAAUCAUUAAGCCCAAAAUACAGCAGUGAAUGAAAUGGGGGCUAAAUGUCCUCUUUAAUAAUUGCGCACUGCCUGUGCCGCAUGCAUAUUUCAUUUACAUAUAAAAGGUCACCAUUGAUUUUUCUUUUUUAACAAAACAUCAAGAAAUGUCUCUCAUUAAAUCGACUGCCUGUUGCUAGAGUCUGUAUGAGGUGAAUAUCCACCCUCAGGGCGGACAGCUGCAUGUCUAUCUCCUGCAGCUCUGGCUCUAGUCUUAUCAUUUGCUGUAUGUUUCACUUUCUCUCUGGUUAUGGAGAAGUUCACAGGACACAGCAAAAUAGUUGCACAUGUCAGCAGAGUUAUGCAACAACUAAGGUAAAGUAGCUUUUUCACUCAGCAUCACAUAGAGGUGAUGUCCACAAAUUGACAACAGUGUUUCCCUUUGAGAGAGAAAGCUGUCAACUGGAAGCAAAAGCACAUAUAGGAGAAUAAAAGGCUGUAGGUCAAGACAAAUGUAUGUAUCGGAUUUAAGUGGCAUAUGAAUGAUACCCAUAUUAUAUCAUUCAUUAUCGAUUUAACAUUCAAGUAAUUAUACAGUGAAAAAUGUGCAUGAUUAAUGUAAUUCUGAAUGUCUGCAUGUGACUGUGUGUGUGUGUGUGUGUGUGUGUGUGUGUGUGUGUGUGUGUGUGUGUGUGUGUGUGUGUGUGUGUGUGUGUGUAUAUAUAUAUAUAUAUCUAUAGAAGGGGUGGAUGUGAGGGAGGAUGACAGAGUGAGCAUGUGGUUACGCAUGUGUGUGCGCUGUAUGAUGUUUGCGAGCCAGAGCGGAGCUUAGGGGGAAAGCGACAGACCAGGAGGAGAGUGGACUGAGGGUGAGCACAUUGUUCUGACUCCACUCAAGACUCUAAUCUGUGUUUACAUCAGGGGAUAGACAAGAGAGGGCGCAGAGGAGGUAAGAAGAUUUAUGCUCUUAAGACAGCUCUAAUUGAUGACUUCAGGGAUAAAUCCCUUUAAUUACUUAAUGGCUGGAAACCAAUAUAUAAGCUUCCACAUUAUCUACCUGUAAUCUUAAGUGAUUUACAUUAGAUACUGUCUUUCUAUGUUCACUUUUUCGUCAAAUUUAGACCCAAUUUUGACAUUCUUAAACUUAUCAGUUUCUCUCUGAUAUAAUGAAACAGUCCAAUUUUUUGUAUAUUUCUUGUCUUCAUAUUGGUUGUUAUUCUUGAUUAACAUUUUGCUCACUUUUGGCAUUAUUCAUUUGUUUUUACAUCUUGUUUUAUUAUUCAUUUAGAGAGCUACUGCAGCUAAUAACUGAGCUUAUAAUUGAAUUUGCUUGUGGUGUGUCACUCCUAUUUAACUAAGUGGUGUCUUUCACUGAAAGCCACUUCCAAGUUCAACCUAACAGGAUUAUGUGGGGAAACAUGUUAUGGAUUUAAAACCACUGAAAAGAAAUUACAGUUCAGAAUUUAUGUAAGAAUAGGGGAAAAUGCUUGUUCUGAUAAAAGUCACUUUUAAGGAAAACUCAGUGUGCUGGUGCCUCAAAAAUCAUACAAUAUGAUGAUGAUACCCUGAGUUAAACAUUGGAUUUUUGCUGUAUAUUAUCACAAAUAGAUAUAUUGCUUCUACAUAUGAAGGAAAAUAAGUUUAAUUUUAUGAAUAUGAAGGAAAAUUAAGGGGAAGAAAUCUUGUUUUGAGAAGGUGCUGCCUGUUAGUGCAGAGACAUUUCAAGGAAUAGUCUGUGUUUUCAGUGCAUUAGUGAUGAAUCAGUGUCUGAAAUGUUAAUGAAGGGAUUGCUCCAAAAGAUACUCAGAUAUUACACAAACUCAUACAACUACUCUUGACUAUUUUAAAUAAUAAGAAAGUUAAAGUUUGGAUAAACUUCAUUAAUGAGUCAGGUCUAGACCUGCUGUUUUUGAAAGCGUUAACUGUUGUUGUGAUUUGGCUCUACACAAAUAAAACUUGAUUGAAUUGAUUGAAAUAGUCUCAUGUUGCAAAAGCUGUAACAGGUUGUUAUUUUGAGAGGUGCUCAUAAGACUUGUGGUUUGUAAAAUAUAUUAUGAAUUCUGUUGAAAAUAUUGUAGCCACUCGGGGUGUCCCGAUACAGUUUUCUAAAAUUCUGAUACCAUACCAAUAUUGUAGCCUUCAGCAUAGGCUCAUAUUGAUCCGAUAUUGGCAUAAAAUUGUGCAUGACAACUUUGGCACUAAGCUGCGAUGUCUUUUCCAGACUUAAACGAAAGAUACUGCCACAUGGCCGACAUUGAUCCCACUCCUUUCUACUUUGUUCGUACCUUAGUACACACUGUUGUUGUGAUUAUGUGGGCUCUGCAUGCUACAUCUUGGUGCUACUAGAUAGAGGUGCUGGAGUGAAGUCUGGAAUGGACUGCUUGUAUCGGAGUGCUGAUAUCUGAGAUUUCAGAUGCAGGACGAUAUAAUACGAUACUUGUUUUUCUGCUGAUAUUGGACCGAUUUCCGAUAUCAAUAUCAUAUCAGGACAUACCUGGUAACCACCUCAUACUUGUUGCUUAUUUUUGUUAAGUAAAGUCUGCUGGUUUUGGUUUUGACCCUUGUGUCGCAGCUGUAGUCACCAGAAUGCUGACUCUGUCAUAAGUAAGGACAUAUAGAGUUGACUUCACUGCAUACAUACCACGGUGUUUCCCCUACAUUCAUUCGAUUACAUGCCAGCAUUAAUACAAUUACGUGUGCCGCUACUGAAAUUUCACAUGAUCAAUAAUAUCAAUGCGCCACUAAUGAUUCUUACACUGUGUGGGCACAACAACAACACACGUUAUUUUCGACUUGUUUUGAGUCAUCAAGAAGCGCAUCAAAUCCUGUCGGACCCUCUUCCAUUAAUGUGAAGGGUAACGUUCAAGCUCAUAUACGGCCUACAUAGCAAGUAGCGCAGGUAACGUAAGGUGAACGCAACAGCGUAGCUCCUUGAGCGGCAAGAGGGUGGGGGUAACAGCAAAAAUUCCCUGAUGAAAAAAGUUCUAGGGGAAACACUUAACCAAAUAUAUAAAACAAGCUCUAGCACAGCCACUGCUCACCCUGAGAAAGUUUUGAGGAGAUGUUCGUUUAAAAGUAUUUCUAAAGCACAAAAUAAAAUUUAAAAAAGCAGAGGCUAUGUUACUCAAGUGAAAGCAACUGCUGCUAACUGGUCUUGAAAGGGACCUGAUUCAUGUAAAUCAGUCAUCUGCCACUACUGCAAUGGGUUUAGAGAGGGGACGGGGAGAUCCAGAGAGAGACAGAUGGACACAAAUUUGACUGAUAGAGAGAGAUGCAAAUGGAGAAGGAUGGACAGAGAUAAGACUGAUGCACAUAGAUGAAGCAGCUGGAAAGAAGGCAGGUCCACAGAAGCAAAACGUCCAUCCAGAGGAACUUAAGGGAUGAUGGAGCUCAGGGACUUCCCGAAAAGUUAUGGACUCUGCUGGGAUAUGAUGAUUUGAAGUUAAUGAAACAAGGGCAGAGAGAUGGAGAGAAUGGAGAAGGAAAGAAAGGGUCCAUAACCAAGAGCUGGCCAAAGCUGAACCAUUCCUAACUAUAAGCUUUAUCUGAGAGGAAUGUUAUAAGCCAACGCAUCCAAAUGUCUCCAGAGGUGAGGGGCUGAACUGAACUGAGAGCUCAACCACAUAGACCACUUUUAGAUACUUCAGGAACUUUAUUAGGCCUUCAUAUAAGGACUGCAAUGCUCUUUUUGGGGUAAUAAGAAACUGCAAGCAUUUUAAGAUAAAAUGGUGCCUCGACAUUAAGAGCUUUGUAGGUCAGAAAAAGAAAUUUAAAAUCUACCCAAAAUUUAAUGGGAAGCCAAUGUAGAGAAGCUAAAACAGGGAAGAUAUGCUCUCUCCUCCUGGUUCUACUCAGUACUCCAGCUGCAGCAUUUUGGACCAGCUGAAGAGUCUUUUCAGACUUGUUACAGCAGCCUGAUAAAAGGGGUACAAAUUUAAUACAAUAAAGUGCAGUGCAUGUUUCACUACAAUAAGAUACAAUAUGAUACAAUACAAUAUGAUGCAUUUUAUAUUACAAUACCAUGCAUUUAGAUGGGGAAUUUGUCUUGUAUUAAAAAUCUGCUUACAUUCAGCCUUCUCUAUCAAUGCAUACACAAAAUAAACAACUUCAAAAUGCAAAACCAAUCGUGUCUUUUCGCUUUAGCUGAAUAGAUCUGCUCACAGUGUAAAUAUCAAGUAAAAACAACAAAGCUCUUCAAAAGAAAAAAAAAAACUUCAUUGGAUAAUCAGAGAUGCAUAAUAUGUAGAAGAUAUGAUACGUUAUCCAUGCAGGCGUAAAAUCCAUUGUGGAUCCUUCAUACCAGAGGACUAAAUUAUGCAUAACAAUAUAGAUCUAUUUUUACAAAGCCUGCCUAGUUAUUCUUGUCAUAUACACUGGACACACCUACAGGCUUGUGUCUGCCUGUCUGAGUAAUCUUUCGAACGGUGUUAGAAUAAAAAUAUGUGAAAACAUUGCAUUUCGGUGUCUCGUGAGUAUGAUGGACAAGUCGUGAGUGUCUUGAUGGACAUUGGGGGCUUUAUUAUGAAAAUCCUGCUGACAAAAUAAAUCAUUUACAGCUCGGCAGAGGUUGCACUUAAAAGCGACAGGGGAAUGGUAUAUGAUAUUCAAGUCAUUGAAAUGCAGUUGAUGUGCCGCUACAGUAUACUGACAGCACGUCCUGCUGCUCAUUGUGUUUCCUGCUCACUUUCCACAGAUUGAUGAAAUAUACAACACAGUGAGAGCCUGCUUGAUUAAAAAAAACACCCCUGGCUGAAUGAUGGAAAAAUCCUUGUUGUGUUUUCCUGCUUAUCCUUAAUACUUUAUAACUUUCAAGAGCAUUUUUUCAUCUUUACUAACAACAAGUUUUGACCUAAUAUUAUGAAAGUAUCAUGACUGCCUCAUGAGGGUACAGAUCGGCGGGUUCUCUUCUCUCCAGUGUGAGCUGCUGCACGUGACCAAGCUAUGGGAAUCAAUCUUCAUACCUUAAUAACUUAUCUAAAUAUAAAUUCCUUUUCUAUGAUGGAUUUGUUUACUUAGUUUUCAUCUCAACAAAAAUUCUGGGAAGUCGAUUGGCCUGGAAGACAAUAAUCAUCAUUUCUUUACCUUUCAACUGCAACUUCAAAAGCAUACGCAUGACUAUGAUUUCUGAUGUGUGCCACUUUGAACUGCAGGUGCACUCAUCCUCAUGGAUAAACAGGAAGAUCAUGCUGUUUUUUUCCCCUCUAACUGUGAUGUGCAGUGGACUAAAAGUUACAAAAAGGUCACUGGUCUCAUCCCCAGACUUGUAAAAAUAAGUGGUUGGAAAAGCAGCACAUGCAUGUGGCUCUGUAUUAUUGUCCUCAUACCUAAGGAAACAGCCUGACAUACACUGGAAACGUGCUGUUUACGGUCUUGGCAAAAAUUUGAUAACAAAGUUGACCCUAUUGCAAAUUCUUAGUGGCUCACUAAAUGUAAGCGUACAAUUAAAUUGCUGCUAUUUCGCAGACUUCAGAUGUAAAACAGCCUCCUGAUUCAGUCUAAAGACAAUGGCAUCCAAAUAUCUGCACCUGUAUCACCUCCACUUUCUGAACAACAUGUUAUAUUUUAUGUGAUGGACGUACGUUCUUGCUAGGUCAAAAAAGUAUGCAUGGACUGGUAGCUUCUUAGGAUAUCCACUUAAGUGCAGGGAACCACUCCCUUUUAGCCCUAAUAAAAGUAGAAAAUCGGUCUUUCUGGAGUAGCAGCUCUGCGUCAUCCUGAUGGGACAGUACAGUAAAAGGUAUUUCAAAGGUCAACUAACAUAACCAUGCAUAAGAUGUCAAAAGACUGCAUGAAACGCAAUGACAGGAAAAUACAUGGUAUUUAUAAUGUGCAUUCACUCUCAGGUAUAUGACCUUUUAAACACAUGUGGGGUGCAUUCUUACCCCAUUUUAGUCGUUCCUGUGAAUUUGGUGGUGACUAAGAGGUGAGUUAGCAUGAUGUUCGAGGAAGAAGAAAAGCCACAGAAGAAUGUGUUUGAUGAAGAAAGUAAAAAGUCCUGCAUGUAAGAAUGAUUUUAGAUUCAAGACAAAUGUCAUUACGUGGAAAAACACAUAUCAUGGCUUUCCUUCAUUUACCUUUAGUGUUAAUGUGUCUGUUAUUGAAGUGAUUUUGGCUUUGACUACUAAAGGACCAAAAUUAAAAAAAAAAAUGUAUUUAGCAAGAUGUUCAAGGACACAUAAUGACAUAACUCUUGGCCACUUAAAAGUGAUUCUUUGCUUUUAGUACAAACUGUACUGUAGGACUAAUACAGAUAUUUUUCCACCUAGAAACAGAAUCAGAAAGGCAACUGUGCCAUUCAUUAUGAGCUGCAUCACUCAGAGGCCCCCUGGAAAUGGCAGUGCAAGUCCUUGUCUACAGAGCUUAAAAAGGUCACGGUAACAAAAUAAAAGGAAAAACCAUAAAACCAUUGAUUGCAUCUUGUGGCCUUUUUCUGUGUCCAAGGUCCCCCCCACAAAUGGCUUUAGACAACUAACAGCUUUUUUCCCCUAGCAGCUCUUAUUUCUUGUUAAUUACCAAUGCAGUUCAGCAUUUUUAGUUCUCAGAAGCGAAACAUGGAGCGGUCAAUUAUUCUUUGUUGCCACACUCACAAGGCUCUCCAUUAAAAGUUCUGCAGCCCUCAGCAAUACAUCAGGCACAUCAUUGUCACUUCUCCACUGCUGACCAGUUAAAAUCAACCAGGGGGCUGGACUUCUGUUUUCAACAACAAUAACUAAGAUCCAUUUUUAAAGGUCGAGACUUCCAAGUGUGGAGCUUCUGGCAUUGAUACAGUUCCAGUUUUAUAUUUUCCUUUCACAAAUUGAGAGUAUUUUAAAAUAGACGUUUUUUACAACCUUGUAUCAGAAAGCAGAUAUGCUCUAAAAUCAGGGGUGAAAGUAAGCCGGUACGCAGCGGUACGCCGGACCGGGGAGACACAAACAGCAGUUUACAGCCGGUACGCUGAGAUCUGCCUGAUUACUGCAGCUGUGCAGUCUAAUGAUGGAAUAAGUGAGCUUUACCUCCAUGAUCUCGCCACAUAUUUGCUCAUAAAAUGAUUACUUGGCACAAAUAUGACACCAUGACACGACAAAGAGAUACAACCGCACAUUUUUUAGGACAGUGUGUGAAGUUUCAUGAGACUUACAUCUGUACUGAUGCGGUUCUGCUUGCUGCUGCUCCGCCAUGGUGCGCGCUGCUGUGGCCAGCCGGCGUUCGCGACGCAUCUAAAUAGACAGCAGCUGGUGGCGCUAGCAUCACAUGCCCUUCUACAACUUUUAAGAGGACGGAGAAGAAGCCCGCGGUGCAUUUUGGGUCAGUAGCAUGGCCCGUAGGAUGCACCGCGACCAUACUAAAAUGUGGGCGUGUCUAGUAGCUGAAGUAGUAUCUGAAGUAGCAUGCUACUCGCUCCGGUGGCCAAUUCGGACAUGCUACAUACUACUUCGACUACUACUUGGCAGUUCGGACGCAGCAUACAUUUGUUUACCGUGUUGUCGCACGUCAGUCUGCACUCUGCAUUGUAACCGGAGUAAUCCAAUAGGACCAUGCUGCUAACGAGUGAGUCGUAUUUCUUUCCGCAAACAAAUCCAAAAGUGGGAGUGCUCAAUGCGCACUUUUGAUUGGACGCUGGUUGCCUAGGCGCUGUGUAUCGCCUCCCGCCUUUUGCGGAAGUAGGGAACUUUUAAAGAGACAGCUGCUUCAAUCUUAAUGCAUAAAUAAAUUUAAAAAAUGCAGAGAAAAGUUGAUUUUAUGUUCAAGAGAAAGAGAGAUGCAGCAGAUGAUGAUACUGUGGCAUCAGAAUCGGCACCUUGUUAAAUUUGGGUGUGCUAACAAUGCAGCUAACAUCAGAGGAAAUAGGCCUCUAAGAGGAGCCAGGCAGUGAUUAAAGGGAUGAUCCAGCAUAAAAUUAAUUUAGGGUCCAACACACCGUAACACCAAGUUAGACAACCCCUUGAGAGAUGAAUGUUUCUUCAUGGAAAUGCAAUCAGACCGAGACGCAAAGACAGAAGAACUACUGCGCCUGCAGUGCAAAAUGAUUAAUAUGGUGAUUAUUACUCCAAGGAAAUGAUAAAGUAAUGAUCAUAAAUGUUCUUCCUUGAGCUGCGUCACCCCACUGCACUCCGUAAUGGAAUGGUCCGAGCUCUCGCUACAAACAAACGGCUGCUGGAAGAGAGUAGGUGAGUUGUGCUUAGCCUGUUUGCUAUAGAAAUUAGCUGAGAAGAUGUUUGGUGGCUAGUACUAUGGCUGGGACCCUGCACUGUUAGGUGCUGUUCUGAGCAUUAUUUGUGGCUAUAGAGCGGCAUUUUGGUUGAGGUUUGUUUAUGGCUCCUCAGACCGCUGUGUAUUGCUAUCCUGUGGUUGUUACUAAAGUUGGUAUAGCUAGAGAAGCAAGUGGUCGGCAACAUUCAUGUUACGAGGGGGGUGUCUAACUCGAUGUCACAGUGUGUUUGACCCUAAAUAAAUUUUACGCCGAAAUAUCCCUUUAAGAGAAAAGAUGUACAUCUAUUUCAUUUAAAAGCAAAGAGUUUUGAGCUCCUAGUCCUCGUUUCUUUUUUCCUUGACAAAAAUGGAAAAAGAGAAUGAGGUUUCUCACUUUACCAUUAACCCUGAGUACUCACAGCUUCAUCAUCAUCUGCGGAGAUCAUUAACCAUUACCGAAACAGUCUGGGUCUGGACCUCAUUGUGGUGACAACUUUGGUGACAGUGUUUUUUUUAGAUUCCAGGUACUAAAGACUUCUGACAAGACUAAUACACCCCCUCAUCUGUCAUAAUAAAAAUCAUUUAUUUAUCAUGAUAAAUAAUGAUUCAUUCAGUAAUCUUGACUGGCCAAUAUACCAGCUAAACCACUAUAAACUCAAGUCAAAGGGCUCCAGCUAAAUUUUUAUGACCACUAGAAGCAGAUGACAGAUCUGACACAAAUUUCACAGUUUAUGUCCACCUUACUGCUUUUAGUAAGUUUGCAUAAUGCAGCUUGUAUUUAGCCACAGACUCUUUUAACCCUGAUGAUUAUAAAAACAGUAAUGUCAAAGCAGAGGUGGGCUUGUGGUCUUGAUCACUAAAGAGUUUGAGUGCUGUGACACUAGUACUACAGCACAAUAAACAAGAGCUCUCUGCAGAUGGUAAAUAUUUAAGCCACUCUAACUGACUGUGAGGGUUGGUGUUUGUGAAGCGACAUAAUUUGCUCCAGAUGAAUGCAUCAUGGCUCAUUAAAUUGAAUGCAAACAACGCUGAUGUAUUAGGACGCUAUAUGCUCCGCAAUGCGGUUUAAGGAGCAUUCAACCCUUUGUCUAUGCUUCGUGAAUAACAUGAUGUCUCUCUGGGCUUAGAAGGCGAAAAAAAAGUCACACAAUCCCUGAGUGAAUCAGGGUUUCAUUGUUUAAAGCAUGCUCACAACACUGAGAACUGAUCUCUGUUUUAUCUUUUCUUUCUCCCAGUACACCAGUCUGUCAGCUUCAGCAAGAUGUCAGCUCCCAACAACUGCUCUCUCAAUUUAAUGGCGGAGACAGGCGAGUGGCUUUGUCCUCCGGGGGAACAGUGUCCAAAUCUGACCUCUGGUGUGAACAGCAGCCACACGGAUCUGGUUGAUGCAUGUCUGACAGAGGAGGAGUAUUUGGAGAAAUAUCUGGGGCCACGCCGGUCGUCUGUAUUUCUCCCUGUUUUCCUCAUCUACCUUGUCAUCUUCGCAGUAGGUGUAGUGGGAAAUGUGCUGACAUGCACUGUCAUUGCACGCAACAAAGUGAUGUGGACACCAACGAACUACUACUUGUUCAGCCUGGCAGUGUCAGACCUGCUGGUGCUGCUACUUGGCAUGCCAUUAGAGUUGUACGAGCUGUGGCAGAACUACCCGUUCCUCCUGGGGAGGGGUGGCUGCUACUUUAAAACAUUCCUGUUUGAGACGGUUUGUUUGGCCUCAAUCUUGAAUGUGACUGCUUUAAGUGUGGAGCGUUACAUUGCAGUUGUGCACCCACUUCGGGCAAAGUAUGUUGUAACACGCACCCAUGCAAAAAGAGUUAUCCUUAUAGUGUGGGGUGUGUCAGUGUUGUGUGCCCUACCCAACACCAGUCUGCAUGGGAUCACCGUCCUACACAUUCGUUCUCUCGGUCCUGCUGGGAGUACUGACUUUGAGAUCCCUGAAUCGGCUAUCUGCACGCUAGUGAAACCACACUGGAUGUACAACCUGACCACCCAAGUGACCACCUUGUUGUUUUUCAUCCUGCCUAUGCUCACCAUCAGUGUUCUCUACAUGCUCAUCGGGCUCCAGCUGAAGCAGGAGAAGAUGCGUCAGGCGCUGCAGGCUAAAUCAGGCUUUGAACAAGACAGCUUCUGUAAUGUUCGAACCCAGCAGCAGAAAGCUCGGCGCCGACAGGUCACUAAAAUGCUGUGUGAGUAUUAAACCCGCCCAAAUUGGCUGAUUCAAUAUUUAUUUUCUUUAAAUUAGCACCCUGGUUCUAUCACAUGUAAUUAAAAUGGUGAAAACAUAAAAUCAAAUGGCUGAUGGCUUCCUCAGAAACCUACAAGUAUUACCCUGAAAUGUCAGAGUCUUGAAAUGACACACUGCCCUCCUCCAGUGUUAGCCUGAGAUCACCAGAUCCAAAUUACCUUGCUGGCCGGAGCUUGUUCUUCAGACUUGCUUCUUGAAGAAAAUUGGGAGAGUUCCUGGAGAGUAGGAAAAUGCAAUCAUAGUUUAUGAUUUGAAAAUGUGCCACAAAAAAGGUUAAUACGUCAAGAUUAUUUAUAAAAUGUGUCAGUUUGAUCAGAAUGGCCCGAACUCAAACCUCUGUAGUUAAAGCCACCUUGAAUUAUAAUGACCAGUUUAGGUUUCGCCUGUUACUUCAAUCAUUUACAUAAGAAAAGUACAUACUUUCCACCGAUUUACCUCCUUUUACUUUAUAAAUGUUAAAUUUUGCUCCUGCACACUGUUAGUACUGCAAAGUUCUUCACUCAUGUUGGAUAGGACAGGUCAAAUUGUUCUCAUCUUAAGGUUGGGUCUUUUUAAUACAAUGAGUGUGGACUAGACCUGCUCUUUUUGAGAGCGUCUUGGGAUAACUAACGACUAUUGUGAUUUGGCACUUUAUGAUAAAAAUUGAUUGGUUGAUAAAUUAACUGCUAGAGACUUAAGAAACAUAUUGAAGUUAACAGUGAAACCCCUUUGUGACCUACACGACCAUUUGAGAUUAUUGGAAAGAAGAUGCAGUUUCCAUAAUGUAGGCUUUGAUACCUGCAACCUCUGCAAGAUGGUUGGUGUUAAGAGAGGUGAUUUACACUUUUUCCACAGCAAACACUAAACACUUCAAACCAAUCAGCGGAAAAGAGGUGUCACUUUAUCUUAAGGGGAUGUCAAAAUCAACACCUAGAGAGAGUUCCUAGCUGGAGCUUUAAACACUCUUCAGUCUGUGCAGGAAAAUAUGAUUCAGGUGAAAAGGUAAGGCAUCAAAACUCAUUUCAGUUGAAUAAUCAUGACUAAACUGUGACCCCAGGGAAGAUUUUGAUUAAAUUUGCAACAUCUGAAGCCCUUUGAUUCAGUUUUUGCUCAUGAAAUAACCAAUCAGUCAUAUGCAGCAGCUCCAUUCAUUUACGGUACUAGAAAUAAUCAACGGAAUAUAGGCAGAAAUGAUUUUUUUUGCAUAAAUUUUCUGCAUGAGUGCCAUCUGAUAAGUUAAUAGAACUGUGUUAUUCGCGAAGCAUUACAUUUUCCCAUAUAGCAUGCAGUUAGCUCAGAACAGGGAAUAUAAAUUGAUGUGACAAUGAAAGGUCACAACAACCACGCAGAUAAUAUCAAACAUUUUCUCUGUGUGAAACAGGCUUUGUACAAGACUGCCGUAGAAGUGGAAAAAUGUGCAUUAUUUAUUUCUCAAGUAGAGCUAUAAGGCUUUAGUGCUGCAUAUGCAUGAGCUGUGUGAAGCUAAAACUCUGUAUCUUAUAUGACUAUAUGCUUCAACGCUGAUUUUUCACAGGCUACAUAGGCAGAAAGGUUGUGAUUCAGAUGUGAUCACAUGUUCAAUAUCAACUUUACAUUCCCAUUUUUAGUCGCAUUUUAUGUAGAAGAGUGCUGUGAGUGCAAAAUCAGCUAUGACAUUUCACAGUGUUGAACUUUGUGAGACCAUUAUUUCAAAAAGUGAUCACAAAAUGGUAAGGCUUGGAGGAAAUUUGAGAUAGUUUAAGGUAGUUACUGUUUUUAAAGAGUUAUGGCAAGGCUGUAUUAGGUGUUGUUUAAAUGACAUAGACCAAAUUCCUAAUAUGUGGAUACAGUGUUAUAGAUACUGAGGUACAACAGCAAAGCUUGGCAUCCAGACCUAAGAAAAAAAAUAAAACAACACACUCACAAAAGAAAGUUCAACAGCACUGAAACCAGUCUGAAAAACAGUCUGUAGAGAAAGCUAAUAUUUGUCAUGCAUGAAGUGGUUUAAAGGGAAAUGCAGCGUAAAUGUUCAAUUUUCAUGGCAGGCUGACUUAAUUAUAUGAAAAUGUCUUGAUCAGUGACCCUCAGCCUCCUCGGGGAAAGUUUAAGUUAUAAAAAAAAAGAAACACAACACAGCUGAUCCCAGCCUAACAUCAUCCAUUGUCCCUGUCUCUUUCUUACUGUUAGUUGUUUUAGUAGUUGUCUUUGGGAUCUGCUGGGCACCCUUUCACACUGACCGCCUCAUGUGGAGUUUCAUCAGCGACUGGACCGACAACCACCUGGAAAUCUUUGAGUAUGUGCACAUCAUCUCAGGAGUGUUUUUCUAUCUCAGCUCAGCGGUCAACCCGAUCCUGUACAACCUCAUGUCCACACGCUUCAGAGAAAUGUUCAAGGAGGUCAUGUGUCACCGGCAACAUCACAACAUCCCAAGGAAACAUUCGCUUAGCGUCACCCGCGUAACUCUCCGCAGCACCCUCAGUGAUGCUCCACACUGCAACGGAGCGGCUGUUCUGGAGGCUGAGGGAGAGGAUGGAGAGGUCAGGACAAAGGAUGAAACCGGCUUCUAAGAUGAAAAAAAGCCCAAGUUAAAGGAGGUUUGUCAGUCUAGUAUGGCAGGUGCAUUGGCUAAAUACCUAAAAUACAGUGAAAACACUGUGGAAACACUCACCUGCUGAAGUACUUUGUCUUUGACCAUGCGGUAAAGCUCUAUUCUUAGCUCAGCACAAACACAGAUUAAAGCACAGGCCAAAACUGAAAAAGAGAACUAGAAUGUAAUCUUGAAAAACAUUUUAUAUUCAGUGCAUUUAUGUUUUUGUAAGCACCUGAUUCAGUUCAGGAGAAUAUGUAACACUAAUGAUGCUGUUUACGAGUUUCAAUUUGAGUGAAGGAGGAGGAAAAACCAGUCCAAAAAAAUUGCCAAACCAAGAACUAAGCAAGAAAGUUUAUUUAUACAGCACCUUUGGAGAACAGGGGUCACAAAGUGCUUCUUAAAAAAAAGGUCAUAAGGCAAGAAAGAGAAUACAAAAAGGUAUCAAAAAAUAGGCAAGUUACAUAAAAUUAGACAAUCUGUCUUUAACUGCUUUUUGAAGAUGUACACUGUUUUAAGUUUUAGUUGGAGAUAAUUCUAAAGUUAAACCUCAAAUGCACAGACCCCUUUAGUCUUAAGCUGGCUAGAAAGUACAACCACUCAGCCCUGAUCAGAGGAAACAUAUGGCUUUAGUAGCUCUUGAUUGUAGCUUUAGUAGAUGUAGCUUGGCUGUGGAAAAGUCUCUGUACACAAUCAUAAGGAUGUUAAACUGGCUCUGGAAACUGAAGCAAAAACAGAGAAAAUGAGUGUAACUUUUUGAUGAUUUUGUCAACAACAUUGCUGCAGUGUUUUGGAUCACUUGCAUUGCUCAAACAUGUGAGAGGGAAGUUACAUGAAUUCAACAGAGAAUGCACACAAAUGCAUGUGUAAUCAUCCCUGGCUCAGUCCCAGAUACAGCAGCUCUGAGUUUAAAUGCACAAACCCGUCUGUUUACAUACCGGCUCAGGGUCUGGCCCAGUCGUUUGCAACAUGGUUAUGUGAAACACAAAAGUGUAAAUCAGCAAUUGAAUCUAAUUCCAGGGUCAAAAGAGGGGGUCAAAAAUUUUCACAAAGUGUUAAUGGAUUGAUUUAUGAUUGUGGAAAAGUGAAUGUCUUUUAUAUUUACUGUAUACUGUGCUGUUCUGCUCUUACUGUCAGUGAUGUAAGAGAAAAGUCACAUUUUGUGUAGCUUUGUAGUCAUUUAUAUAAAAUACUUUGUAUUCUUAAUGUCGUACAUAUAUCAUAGUCUUACAUGCAUUAUCCUGCUGAAAUAAACAGUAUUUAAAGAAUACAUGUUCCACUUGUUUACAGCUCACAGCAGUUUUUAUGUGUACAUGUUUAGCUUACUGUCUUAAUAUUUAUACAUAUCUUGUAUUACAACGUUAUGCCUUGUUGUGAAAUUAUAUAAACAACAAUAAAUUUUUAAAAUCCAUUUCUUUUUUCAAACUUUCCAGAAAUAGCUCAGGUAAACAAAAGUUACAGCGCUAAACUGGCUCACAUUGCCUGUUACAUAAGUUGACAUCUUGAGAUGGGUAACACGGUAUGAUACGGCCCAGUAAUACCAGGGGUAGUACCGGGGUUACUGCAGGGUAGUACCGGGGUAACUACAGGGUAAUACUGGGGUAGUUGCAUGGUAAUACCAGGGUAGUACUGGGGUAACUGAAGGGUAAUACAGGGGUAAUACCAGGGUAGUACCGGGGUAACGGCAGGGUAAUACCGGGGCAGUUGCAUAGUAAUACUGGGGAAGUACCAGCGUUAAGUACAGGGUAAUACCCGGUUAGUACUGGGGUAACUGCAUGGUAAUACCCGGGUAGUACCGGGGUAACUGCAGGGUUAUACCAGGGUAGUACUGGGGUAACUGCAGGGUGGGUGGAUUACGGGGUUUGAUGUGGAUAAGACAUUGUUUGUGUGGCAACUACCCUGGUACUACCCAGCAGUUACCCCAGUACAACGCCGGUACUACUCCCGUACUACCCUGGUACUACCCUGCAAUUACCCCGGUACUACCCCAUAUUACCAGGCCGUAUUAUAAAGUGUUACCAAAGUUUAAAUGAAAUGCAGAGUCUGUAACUGCAGGACCAGAUCCAGUACACCUUAUGUAAGAAAACAGUCUGUGUGGAGAGCAUGGCAGUAUAAUGCAUGAUGUAAUUGACAGUCACAUAACAUAGAUUGAGCUCUUAAUGUUUAUAACCAUGCAUCCACUUGAGAGUGUAGUUAAUAAACUCUCCAAGCUGUGCCCGUAAAUGGACAGGGCAGCAUUGUAUUGAAGUCCAAGCAUAAGAAAAUUAGAGUUGGUAUUGCUCAUUAUAAAGUCAUCAGGCAAGACAAGUCAACUACUCACAGUGUGUACAUUUAUAUAAACCAAUGGUUAGCUGAUGGCAGCUACUUGCAUUAAGAUUUAAAGGUUUCUGUCCAGUCUUAGCAGGCAAGUGUAUGCCAAAUAAUGCAUCACAGAAUAGGAAUAUAGGCCAAACAUGAUUUAAACACACCAGUUCCUUGAAACUGAAACAUCUAUAAGCUUAAAGCGAUAUCUUCAAGAAUUAUAAAUGCAAAGAAAGCCUGAAAUCUACUGGCACUACAGCACUCAUUAUAGUGCACAUCUUUCUUUUCACAGGUAUUUGAAUAGGACGGAAUAACUUCUGAGGAGAGAUGAGAGUACAUGAGAGACAUUCAAUGGUAAGAAAUACCGCUUGUUGGAGAUAGUUCCAUUGAGGCUGUAGAUUAGUGUGAUUGCCUCAUCUGGCUGUAAAUUGCGCCUUUCAGCUGAAUAAGUUUUGUAGUCCUCCUCAUAAAAAUUUUUAGAAAAUGAAACCGCAGAGCCAUUGUAAAAUUGAUGUGAAUUAGCCUCUUACAAUGGGCUUUUUGAAGUAUUUUUCAUUCACCCCACGCAAAGCACUUGAUCUGAGCAUCAAGUGAUUGCCUUAACAUCCCCCACCUCCAAAACCUAUUUUUCUGAUUUUAAAUAGACUGAAGUCAAAAGCAUUCAUGCUACACUCAGCUACAGCAGCUGCAACUAAAAGGCUAAAAAAAAUGCUUUUUUUUUGUAAAAGAGAGUGAUACAUCUUUCUCUGAACAACAAAUGUUAUUCAUUAUCUCAACUAGUCAGGUAUAAUUAAUUUAAUUACUAAUCAAUUUAACAUAGUUCAUAAUUACUUAUAUACUAAUCCUGUGAAGGGAAUUCAUAUUGUUUCAUCAUUACUUGCUCUGCAACCAUAACUCUGCAUGAGCCGUUGUUGUUGUUGUUUUAAUGUUGCUGCUGUCCUCUCUCUCUCUCUCUCUCCCUCGUUCUCUAUUGUCUCUCCCUUCCUCUCCCUUACUCGUUUUCUCUCUCCCUUCUUCUCCCUUGUUCUCUUUCUCUCCCCCUGCCCUCUCUGCUACUACUCUCUUUCUCUCCCUCCCUAUCUCUCGGCUUGGUGGCUGUCUAACAUGAGUCUGGUCCUACCCAAGGUUUCUGCCUGUUAAAAGGAAGUUUCUCCUCGCCACUGUCACUCAUGUUAGAUGAGAUGGGUCAAAUCUGUCCCAUCUUAAAGUUGUGUCUUGAUUAUUCAUCAAACAAUGAGCGUGGUCUUGCCCUGCUCUUUUUCCUUGGAGCAUGUCUUGGGAUGACGACUGUUGUGAAUUGGCGCUAUAUAAAUAAAAUUUGAUUUGAUUUAACCCCAGCCGCCCCGCUGAUUGUGCUGAGUAGUGCGCAAAGCCUCUGCCAUCAGUGCAAGAACGUGGUGUGAAUGAAUAAAUGUGAUAUGAAAUGAAAAAAGCGCUUUGAGUGGUCAGAAUACUAGGGAAAGCGUUCUACAAACUGUCCAUUUGACAGUCUUGUUCCCACCAAUGAUCUUUCUGAUUUGGUCCCAGAAACCAGUCAGUCCCUGGAUGUAAAUUAGAUCUAAUACCUCAGUCUGGUUAAAACUGGACUUUUAAAAAUUAAUGCAAACAUAUAAGUCCAACUGAAAUCACACUUCACUGAAAUUCUUGAUUUAUUAAAGCCAGGAUUAUGUUUCCAGGCUUUGGCUUGAGGGUCAUCCUUUAAUUUGAAAAACAUUGGUUCAAAUCUGCGGUCUGAAGACUCUGAUACAGAGCCUCACUUUGCUCUUCGAGUGUCCUCAAUUUUCAUUUAAAUGUAUGUGAGUGUGUGAAUAAAAAUAGAUCCCAAUGAAUUUUACUGCGCUCGGGUUGGUGUGCCCGUCAUCAGCGUACAAAGGAGUGUGUGAAUGGGUUGAAUGGCAUUGGGGGUGGUCUGGGGAUUAGAAAGGCUCUAUAUGAGUGCAGUCCAUUUUCCAUUCCUGUCAGCCAUACUGCCUUUCACAUAUUCAAUCAAGAAAGUCAUUUACUUCCCAUCAUCACCUUGUCUUUGAGGAAUAAAAGUAUCUCAUCUGAAAGGAUUUAUUUUCCAUCUACUAGCUUUACUUCAUCACUGGCAACAUCUGCCCUGCAGGGAGCUUCAUCAUGGGUCUCUGCUCAAUAGAGACGAAUCACAUUCCUGGGUUUGAUUGUUAAAGGCUUGUAAAACCUCAAUACCCCCAUACAUUUGGGGUAUGAGGUAUUGAGGUUUCUGAUUAACAUUACACUCAAGAAAAUUAAUAAUCGCAAAUGAAAUUAUAGAGAGGGCUCUGCUCAGACUGCAGAUCCAAAUUUGCAUGUUCUAGGGGAAUUACAUCUAUUCAAUUUCCCUGCUUUAUGGGUCAACUAUUACAUUUACUUUGCAAAUGAAAAGUAGGUAUGCUGCAAGUGACAAAAAUACUGCCGAACAAAAACCCAAAAUGAAUGCUCUGACAUACUAUAUGUGAAUAAUGCAAAGUCCAAGAUACAGCAGAGCCCAGGAAUCAAACAGUACUGAGUUACCCAAGAGGAACUGGAUUUUUAUGUCGGGAGAUAAUAUUUACUAAAGAGACAAAGGAGGUUCUCAGUCUUGCAAGGAUGAAAUGGAUGCAAAUACACUCAGUAGCUACCUUGUCUAUGCAGUGUAGACAUGAAAACAAUGCAGGAAUAUUAACAUUUGAAAAAAAAAAAAGGUAGGAUUAACACAUACCUGUGAGUCAAAAGGCAGAAUUAAACAUCUUGUUGUGCAUUAUUGCAAAACAGCUUCAUACAAAGUGAAAGAAAAGAUAGUGGAUGGUUGGACAAGGAUUGAGAACACCAUCAUGUGGAGGAGCUGAUUUUUGCUCUGAAACGAUUACAAUCACCAUAAUAUCAGACAGUAUUCAGAAAUGGACACCCAGUGAUUUCAAUAGUGCCAUGAAAUGCAUGAAACUCUUUUCCUGGUGAGACAGACGUGAGUGACAAUCUAAGGUAACUUUCUGGCACCGCUGGAAUACUUUUUUACUCAUAAUUGACAGCCAGCGAUCAUCCCUCCCCAGAGGAGACGGUGAGGAUUGGAAAAUAAGGCCUCAUGAAUGCACAGGCACAUCUCCCUACAGAGUGAUUUGGUGGAUAUUGCAUGCAGACACACAGCUUUCACUCGAGCCCAUCUGGAGCCCAAACAAGAGCUUAACUCCUCAGUAACACUGUGAUUUCACCAACAACGAGGAAAGGAAACUGCAGACUGAUUCCCACAAUAAUGUCAAGGCUGUUUAGGUCACAUGACAGUCUAUUUGUCACUUGCUACAGUAUGCCCAGUACUUUCAAGGUUACAAGAUUGGUGCUCUUGGUGUACGUCUACAGCAUAAAAUUAUGUGGUUGUUUGUGUUAAAUCUAAAUUUUCAGUAUGAUGUGAAAGACAAGAGCUCUACCGCAGAUUGUACAUUUUUAUGACAGCAUGAAAACACUUACAAAUAAAGCCAGUAGAUGGAAAAACAACAAAGUUAAGGUGAAGGUGAGUUUAUUGAGUUUGUUGAGGUUGAGGUAUUUCUCACUGUAAUCACUCCCUAUGCAUAUGUGUUGGAGGACAAUCACUUUGCAGCUUAAACCAAAACUAGCUACCAAAUUUCUCUUGAUUAAAGCAAAAGCACUUUCUGAAGUAAUUUCAGUCUCCAUUGAAACUUUUUUGACCAAUGAUUUACAGCAGCAUCAACGACCGAAAAAUAAACACCACCCUACUAUGAACAGGACUGAAGAAUUAAACGUAUAAAACAUGAAUAGGCCUACGAGUGAGUGUAAUCAGGUUUGGAAUAAAGGAUUUCUUUGUCCUCAGCACACUUUCAAUUUCACUGCAAACAAGCAGGCACACAUAGAAACAGUAUCUCAUCUCUGGGUUGAGACUUUCACAAGAGGAUGUUUCACAGAAAAUCACCUCAAUAACAAAGGUGAGGGUAAACACUCACUGUCCCUAGUGUCCUCAGCUCGUCCAUCGACAACAACAAAGAGUCCAAGUGUUCUCCGAGAUGAUGUUUGUACCUCUGAUUGUGUUCUGAGGGACACAAUUAGACUGGAAAACAACUCCAAGGUUGUCUUGGUCGUCUUUUGUUGCAGAAACUAUUUGAAAAAGUACACUAUCCUUUUUUCUUCUUCUUUUUUUCAACAAAAUGUAUACUCAAUUACACUGGACUCAGACUUACCGAGCACCUCAUUAAUUUUCUGUGAUUUUGAAACAAUAGAUUAUUUAAUUACACACUGAGAGACUGAAGUUUGCAUUAUAACAGAAGGAACAAAGAAAAGGUGCACAAUUGCUUCAUGAGCUGACUCAGAAAUUAAGGAACAAUAAUUUACUGAAGAGUGUUAUACAAGCCUUUUGUUCAUGAAACACAAUAACUUGCAUAUAGAACAAAAGUAUGGGUAAGUACAGGACAGUAUCCGAGCAGUUUGUUGAUUACAGCAUGCAUUUUAAAUCUGCUACUCCCUACCUCAACAUAGAGGAAAGUACUUUAGUGUUGAAGUAUCAGAGGAAUUAAAUCUGAAGACAAGAGUUAAAAAACUGCAUUAAAAUCAGUGACUAGAUUCAGAUUUGAAAAAAAUGUACAGUAGGUGUCAUGUAGUUACAGGACGUAUAAUUAGACUUUAAUAUUCUCCGAUUGAAAAACAUCAAAACAAAAGCGUAGUUUACACCAUCACAUUUAACAUCAACCUCUGACUUUCUGUUGAGGUUUACUAGUUUAUUAGCAUCUUUCUUUGGAGCCCAUGGUUUUCAUGGUUACAAGGUACUGUCAUUUGUCAAAAGAAGUAUCUCUAAAAAAACAGACACCAUGAUGCAAGGUUAGAGUCACCUGUAUUGAAGGCAAACAUUCCCUCCAUUAGUCAUGAGCUAUCCCGUUGCUGUUGUAAUCAUGAAAAUAUCACCCCACCUAAAGGAAUCACAUUAGCAAACCCUUUCCAGAGAGCCAGAGAUUAUGCAUAAUAGUCAAGGUUAAAUUCAUACUAGAGUUCUCUGCAGUGACAGGAACAGAUUGUGCUCCAUCAAAUGAUCGCUGCAUUUACUUUACAUUUAGUACUCUCAAUGAGACCAAAGAUGGAAAUCAUUUUUCACCUUCUCCUUCGGUGAAUAACCUUUGUACAUCCUCAAACACUGGGGCGCAUAAAAAAGCUUCAGAACAUGAAAACUGUGUAGAUCCAGGGCCAUGAAUCAUAAACACCAACAUUUAUUCCUAAUACUUUUACUAUGAAAAAGCAGAGGAUGCGAUAAGGAGGGAAAAAAAAUGCAGUGAUAACCUCAGAUUACUCACUCAUACUUGCACUUGGUGAAUAGCUGCCGGAAUAGAUUAGUGAAGACAUUUAUGCUAGAUUAAUGUGAUCGUCUUUUACAAAGGACACAUGAAAUGAAACCACGAAGGUCAUUUUUGAGUACUUGAUAACUGAGUUUAUUUUGGGCUUUUGUUUACAAAUCUCUGAACUUCACUCAGAUUUAACAUUUACCUGAAUUUGUCUGGAUUGUCAAGAGUUUCUUUCUGCUUGUGAUCUUAAAAAUCUACUGCACUGAAGCAGUCAUUGGUUAUCUUGUUGAGGAACAUUAGUUUGGGUUUAUGCCUUUUUUAGUGAGUUAAAGUUGGGAUUGAGUAUGCAUUCUUUAUCUUAAAUAAACAUUGAGUAUAUUUGACUUAUGUCUGAGUUUUAAAUCAAAUUACACAAAGUUCUCAUACUCAGAUGAAAAAGUAUUUCUACUGCCUUGCUGUGUUUGUUGCUGAUAGUUGAAUGAACUGACUGCAACCAAAGAAUAUCAGGUGAAAUGUUACUUUUAAUGAAUCUCUCAAAGUGAUUUUUUUUUUUAAAUCAAAUUAGCUUUUGUCUGUGUGAUUGCUUGCUCGGGGGCGUGAAACAGACAGGUUUGCUAUCAGAGAGCACUGGCUACCAUGUUAUAAUUGUAUUUGCCUGACUGUAUUGAACCAACGUUGUAAUCUUUUUUUUGCAUUUUCCUUUAUCUUUUAAAAUUGGGUUUACUACAUACUACAGUGGCUGUGCAGCAUCCUCUUUGACUUGGAUGCAUCAAUCAAUAAUAUAACAGAAAAAAAAAAACUGAUCAAAUCCAGAAUUUCCUUUUAUUUGCGAGGAUUUCAGUUUAUAUAAUUUUUAAAGAUUUACCCACUUUAGCUUUACGAAGUGUAAACUAGGAGCUGGAGUCCUUUGGAUCUGUAUGUGCAGCCCGUGUCACACCAGCUCUUAAUUUUAGCAGUGCUAAGGAUGUUUUUUUCAUGUGUGUGCACAUUAUUAGAUGCUGACUGUUGCGUCUGUGCCACUCAGGGAGCAGUGAUGAGACUGUGAUGACUUCUGCAUGCUCUUCAUUAUGCGCUGCUCUCUCCUCCCUUGUGUCGUUGUGAAAGCAAUUGCAUUUGAGGAAAAAUCAGGAGAUUAUUAUGACUGGCUUCAUUUGCAUAAGUGGCUCUAAAGGAUUCAAUUGUAUUCUGAAAAUGGAUUUUUUUGUUGUUGUUGUCGGCUGAAUUUUAAGUUACUGCUUUGACAAAACUCUUUUCUUUUAACAGGAUGCAUUAACUUUUAUUAACCCAGAAUUUUCUCUAGAUUUUGACCUGAUGCUGUCACCAUACAGUAGCAUGUCCCAGACUAAAAAUAAAGUAGGUGUAACUUUUAUCCUUACCAUGGGAUGAAUGAAGGUUUAACUUAACUUAUCUUAACUUAGCUUAGCCUAUCUUAGCUUAGCUUAGCUUAACUUAACUUUUAAUGGACAUGGCUUGCAGCUGUACAGGGCUCUCAAGUUUUGAACUAAGCUUAGAGUGAGAGGUUCCACAAACAUGGAGAUACUUAAUCCUAUGGUACAUGAGCAUUACACUGUCAUGAGCAUCAGAACUUUAAAAAGAAUAUAUGAGAAAUGCUGCUUUUGUGGAGGGUAAAAUGGCUGGAAAUGGCUGCGCAGAGGCUAAAUUCAUCAAUACAGCUGUUAAUAGCAAUAGCAUAGGGCUUUAGUUUAUCAUAUGAGUUUAUCUGCCAUGAGGUGUUGAGGUCUCUGCAUGUGUAGGUUACUGACUUACUGUAAUCAUCGGGUCUUUCUCGUCCUUAUGAAAACCUGCUCUAUUUCGGCGAGUGUCUGUCUUCUUCUGUAGUCAAACCGCAAGGUAUCAAAAUCUACCCGGAUACAGCAAUGCUGCUUUUUGAUUGGCUGUUCAGUAGAUAUACUUUAUCUGAUUGGCUUGCGCGUGGCACGCAGCUUCUGAACUCUCGGAGGAACUUUCUACCUGUUCCACAACUUGUGGACAUCACCUUGUUCAUUUAAAUGCGUGAGAAAUUAAAUGUGUGGCGUGUGAGCGUGUGAACGGGUGGGAAUGCGUGUGUCACACGCUGAAUGCAUGAGACUUGAGAGCCCUGGCUGUAUUAUUGCAUGUGUUACAACAAGGGUGCUGGGUGAGGUAAGUCAAAAUGCUGUUUCUACCUGAGGCUGAAAUGAGCAGGUUCGGGGUUCAACUAGAAGAAAGCUGAGCCAGUCUCUUACAGAUGAUUUUGUCCUGCUUGUUUUGCUCCAGGAGUGAAAGCAUCCCAAGCCUUAUAAGGAUGGAAAAUGUCAUUCACCAAUCUCUGUUGACUCUGAAUUUCUAAGAGGUUCAAUUGAGGUUGAACUCAGACAAAACAUGCAUGUUUUGUGACUUGACUGAAGAAGUACAGGCUUAGCUGUCUGACGUAGAUCGCCCAUAUCUGCAAAUACAUUAUGCCAUGAUGAUACUGAGUCUGACAAUGAUGUCAAGUCAGAGUGUUUCUUCUGAUGAGAUUAACCUCGGGCCUGUGCUUCAAAUCUUUCAUGUCUAGAGGAGAGUCAGUCCAGAUGCUAUUCUCAAUCAUCAAAAGUAUUCUCCAUCUCAUCUACCAGAACAGCAGGGAAAAUGUUCGAAGUGGCACUUAUAGAGCACAUGUCUGCAUUGAAAAGGAAACAUGGGAACAAAGGGGGAGAGACCAAAGAGUACAAAGGAAAAGGGGCUCUGAAAACUUGUGAUUUGAAAAGAACAGCUCCCAAAGAACAAGCCAAGUAAACCCCUACUUAAACCCUCCCACCUGAAUCCAUUAUUUCAGUACUGUGGAUGAAAAUGGAAACAUCAAGUAUUAAGCCUUGGCUCUACAGUGAGAACUGGCUCUGUGUUUUUAAGCAACCAUACAUUGUACCGAGAGAAUCUUUGCAGUUUGUCCAUCAGAAAAAUAAUAGUACAAUGGAAAGAAGUCUCCUGAUCGUAUUCAUCAUGCACACAAUCAGGGUAAGAGUCAUCAUCAGACUAAUUGAUUCAGACAAACUUGAUCUCUUCAGCGGCUCACUUCAGUGUUAUUAUUCAUAAUUAGUCAUUAAGUAUAGUCUAAAAGGGAUCUGUUUUCCUGCUAAUGAAUGGCUCCCCGAAUUCAAAGAAAGAGACUCAAAAGUAAUCACAAAAGAACCAGCACAAUGACAAGAAUGAAUAACAAAACAUUAUAAUGAGUCGACUGAUUGACUGAUGGAAAAAAGGCACCUCAGUUCAACCCAGAGUCCGCAGGGGAAGGGAGUGAACAAACACUUGACAUUUGAGUGAAUUAUGCUGUAGUUAGCUGUAUAAAGAAAUCAAGGGUCUGACACUGAGUGUAAUGCACUAUGACUUCUUUUAGAUAAGAGAACGACCAUAAUACAACUCAUGGUUCUGUGCCCGCAUAAUAACCAGGCUUAGCAGAUCUAAAACCUUUUAUGUCGUAUAAAGUGUCUGAUGGGCUGCCUUUUUAGCUGCCUGUUGAGUUUAAAAGUCCUCUAAUGUAAAGUGCCUCUUUACUAAGUCAGUAAUUUAAUUAAUUUACAAUCAUCAGUCAUUACGUACUUUAGAAGAGUGAACAGUGUAUUAUUUCAUAGAGUCAAAGGGUCAUUCAUGUCUAAUUCUGUAAGGGAAACAGACUGAAUUUCAUGCAAAUUUGGUGACACAUUUGGCUUUCUUGGGCCUUACAGUUUCAGCUUCCUUGCAGUCUGCUCUCAAAUCAGUACUGUGUAAAUUUUUGAUCUUACAAAGAGUGAACUGAUUGGCGUUGAAGGAGCCGCCAUCUACAGGAAGUCUAAAGAGUUGCAGGUGUUUCACAGUUGACAACAGUCAAGUUUCAUGAUGCGUUGUAAUAUGUGCUAGUUCAAAAAAAAAAAAACAGUCAGAAAUAAAAAAAGGACUUUUAGCGAGCUGCAAAAACUUGUUUAAAGUUUAAAGAUGUGGUAUUUUGCUUUUGUCAUAUUUUAAAAACAAAUGUGAAGAUGUUGGAUGUUGGUACUACUGUAUACGAGAACAAAGUUUUCAGUUUGCAAGGAGAUCAAUAUGAGAUUUGUACAAAUCAUGACAUAACCAGUGAGUCUCCUUAAAAAGGCAAAUUCAUCAUUUUUAAUGCAGGCAGCAGUGAAGGAGGCUUCCAGAAUGCUGGGUUCUGGAAUGCUGUGGGGGGCUUUAAAGGGACAGUGGCUUAAGUGGAGUGUUUUUUUAAAUGAGGGUUUUCAAAGACUGCAGCCUGAAAUUUGUUAUGAAUUUGUUGAACUGUAGAUCAUAUAAAGCUGCUAAAAAGCUAUCAAAGAGACAGACAAUGGCACAAAAUAAGCAUAAAACCCCUUCUUUAAUUGAAAAAAAAAAGAGGUCUGAUCAGUAAAACACAGCUAAAUUUAAUAAUACGAUAUAUAGCUUCUCUCAUUAACUUUUUGUACCACAUAAAACUAUUCAGUUAACUUUACUCAAGCGUCAUGAUUAUACUUAAUGAUUAAGAAUCAUAUUUUUAUCAGUUUGCUGACAUCUCGGGGGGUACAGUUGUGUUUAAAAAGAAAGAGGACAUUGCUGUGAUGUAAAGAAAAAUCUGAUAUUACUGAUGCAUGCGCUCCACAUACAGAGUAUCCAUCCUCAGUGUGCCUGCAGCGCCUCUAUAAUUCCCCUUUCUGCAAGUCCAUAAUUUCAAAGAUCGGGAGAGAGUAAGUUGUUGGCAACCCUUUCAUGCUGAGCCUUUAUGUGCUUCAGUGUCAGUCAUAGGUGAUAUGCCUUUCUCCUGGCCACUAACUGCGAUGGAGGAGGUUGCCAGCUGUGUCAUAAGUGCCUUGUGUUCACAGCUUCUUUUCAAGCACCUGUAGGGUUCAACAGUCAAACACUGACUACACAUAGGGUGAUGGAAAAAUAGCCGCUUAAUGGCCAGUGUGAGGAAAAAUUGAAUAGUUACUUGAACUGGCUUUUCCCUUUCCCAAUGAAUGGUUGAUUGUUCAGUUCCAUUAACGAUUUUUGUUGACUUCACACUGAGUGUCCUUGUCAGCUGGUGGUAGACCAUCAGCGAGUGAGUGAGUUGUUGUCAUAAGACAUUACAUGGCAGAUGUUGAUGUUUUAAUCCAAUCUGAGGUCAAAGCACUCUGUCUUGUUUUCUCAGCCUCUUCUGCUAUAUUGAGGUUUGACUGAUCAAAUAAAGUGAAUUUCAUGCUCAAUGUGCUUGACGUGAAGUUGUCUGAAAAUAGCUUGAAGUUUUUGUCAUACAGGAGGUGUUCGUACAUGCUCCAUGGCUACUUCUCCGCUAGAUUUUUGUUCUUGCCGAAAGCUUAUGAGAGGGAUGGUCUCUUGGAUGAUUAGUUUCAUUCCAGUUCAUCUACUCUUUAAAGACCCCCGCGGAUGAAAAUCGUCUUUCUUGUUUUUUAAAUGUUCAUAUGGCAUUUUUCUGAUGCUACACCACACAUCAUGAGAAAACUAAAUGCAAAAGUGCUUUUCUGAGUAUUUCUUCAUUCAAAUCGCUGUGAAUCUCUAGCAGACCCAAUAGGCAGGUUCAGAAACUGUGAGAGUUCAUAUGUAACCAAUCCAAGCUCCGCCCCCGGAGCCUCACUAUGAAGACCACUCUGCAUAAAGAGGACAAAUAGAGAGGACGAUCACAAGCGUGUGCAUUAGCAGAUUGCAAUGCUCAUAAGAAUCAUAAUAAUUAUGAUCUUAGCUGUCAUCGUGUCCCUAAAGACAUCAGUGUCUGAGAACUGAAUAGCACCUAUGUUACCUGCCACUUCUGCUGCAAGCUAGCACUGUCUCCGCCCAUGACUCAGAGGCCAGUUGCUAAUGAUCUACUGGAGCUCUGCAGAUGAAAAGCCCUUGGAAAAACUUUAAAGGAUUUAUAAUUUCAUCUAUAAAAUAAUACUCCUCUGACACAUCUUGUAGGCAUUUGUCUGAGCGCAACCAUCCGUGGCCAAAUCAUCUUUCUUCUGUUCACCUAAAGCAGUGAGUAUAUUAAAAAAGUGUCUCAAUGAAAGGCGUUACUUCCGGGUCUUUUUGACAUGUCAUCAGCUUCCUCAUAUUUCUGGAGAUACAUUUUUUAUUGCCUUUGACAAUUACAUCUGCAAGCAUUCCUGAGGGGCAGAUGGGUUUGUUGUUUAAGGCAGAUACUAAAUCAGCAGCUGAGACAUUGGUUUUAGGGUUUGACUUCUUUGCUUUCCUCAGCAGCUCCUCAUAUUUUCAUAUCUGGCUCUCUGCCUGGUUUUCCCAAGGCACUCACUUUGUCACUCAUUGUGAAAAUUCCUGAUCCUGUGGUUUCCUUAUAGCAUCACUAUUUUCUGACUCAAUGUCAAAAUAACUCAGAUCACUCUCUUACUUCAUUGAUGAGAGCCAAGAAAUCCUGAUAUGGUUUCAGGCUUGUCCUCUCUGGCAGAAUUUGAAAAUCAAUGAAAAAAAAAUAUCUGAUACAACACAACUGCAAAAACUCACAUCAUUGAAGUGCAUGUAGAUUAGAUUUCAUUUGCUUUCUCUUUCGCAGAUUUACUAGAAAAUGUGUCUGAAAUUACAAAUUCUAUUUCAAUGAUACUUGGAAAGAUAUUUGUCGGACUGUGACAUAAUUCCUGUCUGUGAGGCAAGUCCCUGUGUUGAGCAAAUAAACUUUAAAGCAGUGGUUCCCAAAUGCUCUGGCCUUGGGACAUGCAGUAACGCAAUUUUCAACUUCCCAAAUUUAUUUUUCGGAAAUAAUGCUCAGCAUAUCACAACAUACUACACACACACAAAAACAUGGUUUAAUCAUAAACCAAAAUGACCAGAAGGUGGUGGUUAUAACGAAGAAAAUAUUUAUUUUUACACUGAUUUAUCGCUAUUUGUAAUAAAAUCAAAAAGUGCAUCUUAAGGACACUAUGUUUCAAGAGUAUAGCAAUACUUAAUCACCUUUUCUUACUAACAUUAAAUAAGCAGAGUAUUAAGCCACUGAUGAUGAGGCUGUUAUAUAUUGUUGUACCUUCAGCCCUAUUUUUUUAAACAUACUUUGAGGUGCUUUCUUGCACAAACUCCAACUCCAACAAACUCCAACAACUGAGAUGAGUUUCAAAAUCUCUCAAAUCUUUAAAUCUUCAGCUGAGUGCCCAGUUUAUGAAUAUUUCACAAAAAUUGUACCUUUUAAACUAUUUAGUCACUUUUUCAAGCCUUACUUACAAGGCUGACAUAACAUUUUAGUACAUUUCAGUAACACUCAUUUUAAACAUACUCUGUUUUAAUGCACUUGUAUUGUCGCCACCUGCUGUUAAGGAGCGAGACUAGCGGGCAGACUGCUGCGUAAACACUGCCCUUCAAAAUAAAAGCACAGGAUUUAAUCUCUUUUUUUGUCCAGGCAG